AUGAACGAGCUUGAUGAAAAAAUCAAAUUUACAAUGGAUGUAGAGGAAGAGGAGCGUUUGGCCUUCCUAGAUGUUGAGCUUAUUCGCUCUACUGAGACACUCAAGUGGAAAUUGCUCAAAAAGAAUUUAUAUGCCGGAAUAUUACUCAAUUUUAAAUUUCAUCACAAGUACAAAAUGAAGAUAGGUAUACUGAGGAGCAUGAUCAUCAGAAGCCUACGAUUAACGGACGGGGAAUUCUGGGAUGAAGAAUUGGAAAAAUUUACCAGGAUAUCCCUCGGUAACGGAUAUCCGAGAGAAGUAAUUCAAAGAUACAUACUGGCCGUAAAGAGCCAAUGGCGGGACGGAGAUCAUGAAAGAAAGAUAAAGAUGGAGAAAGAAUCAGUAAAAUGGAUUGUCUCCCUUCCUGUGAACUAG